UGUGUGUGUGUGUGUGUGUUGGGGGGUGGAGUUGAUGUAGUUAUUAAAUAGCAGGACAGGAGAAGCGCUGAACUGUUUUCCUCGGUAGCUGCAACUGGCGUUUAUCGAAGAUGGAAAAAGAUGGAAAAUAUAUCGUAUACCAUGGUCUUCUAUGUCCUAAGGAGACACAUUCUUUGGACAGUUUAAAAUACUUUGAGGAAUUCAACGUGAGAGAUGACGAUGUAAUCGCCAUUACAUAUCCUAAAUCUGGUACGAUCUGGAUGCAAGAAAUACUCCCUUUGAUCCUUAAUGGAGGAGAUUUAACCCCUGUCCACACAAUACCUAACUGGGACAGAGUUCCUUGGCUAGAGGAGACACGUGCUGCCUUAGUUCUGGACAACAAACCCUCACCAAGAGCCAUGGUGUCCCAUAUGCCAUAUCACCUCAUGCCUCCUACUUUCUUCUCCUCCAAGGCAAAGGUCAUAUAUGUGGCACGCAAUCCUAAAGACGUGUUGGUGUCGUCAUUCUAUUUCCAUCAAAUGGCCCGUUUUUUGGAUGAUCCUGGAACAUUUGAAGAGUUUCUUGACAAGUUUCUUGCAGGGCAAGUACUGUUUGGAAAGUGGACAGACCAUGUGAAAAGCUGGAGAAAAAACGAUCUUGGAGACAGGAUUUUAUAUGUGACCUAUGAAGAGAUGGUCAAGGACCUCAGAGGAGCCCUCACACGCUUCUCAAAAUUCCUUGGACGGGAGUUGACAGAGCAGAGUCUGGAGCAGAUAGUGAGCCAUUGCACCUUCAACACAAUGAAGACCAAUGAUAUGUCCAACUUCUCCUUGAUCCCUCAAGAUAUAAUGGACAACAAAAAGUCGGCUUUCCUGCGUAAAGGGAUUGUGGGAGAUUGGAAAAACCACUUAAGUCCAGAACAGGAGGUAAAGUUCAACACUGUCAUUAAACAAGAGAUGGCAGAUAGCAACAUUAAAUUCGCCUGGGAUGAAGACUGAAUCAACACUCUACACAGUGAUACAUGCUCACUCAGUCACAAGUUUGGGAGAUUCCUUCAUGUCAUUCAGAUAAGACAUCUGGGGGGCAUUCCACAUCAGAGUAAGUGGUAAACCUCCUAAAUAGAAGAGCUGCAUGGCUUCAUUCUCCUAACAUAAAAAUGGCAUAGGCCACUUACUUUGAGUUAACUUACCCAGGUUUGUCACUAAACCACGUACUUGGAAUACCCCCUUGGAGUGCAAAAUCAGUCUUACAAGAAAAUCACAGAAGCUGAUAUUCUAAAUGGCAGUAAAACAAAUCAAGUAUGCAUGUCAGUGAUAAUAAUGUGACAAUAAACUGUUCUGAUAUUUGUAUAUUUGUGUAGGCUAUUGGUUUCAAAGUUAUGACCAAGUUACAGUAACUCCCAUACACAAAUCUCACAGUAAAGCCUUUGUUUUGUUUA